ACAGUUAACAAAGACUCUUUAAUUAUGUUUUCUUUGUAUACAUAAUUUAAACUACAAAGUAUACUCUCUGAUAACCCACGCCUUUAGGUUGUAUGAUUAACUCUUUCCCGGAGGGAGGACUCCUCCUAAUAUCGUUUUCUCAGUUGUCGUCUAUAAAUUAAUACCCAUUUUGUAUAGUCGUUGGUACAAUUAAAUUCUGCAACCGCCUGUGAUGGUUAUGGGCUCACGUUUUUUUCCUGUUUUGGACAUAAUAACAGUUAACAAAGACUCUUCAAUUUGUUUUUCUUGUAUACAUAAUUCAAACUAGAUAGUAUACUCUCUCAUAACAAACUCGAGAAGAGAUGGAGGAAAUAAAGCCAUGCGCCGCUAACUCGCCACCAUUGACGCCGUUAGGGUUCUUGGAGAGAGCCGCCAUCGUAUACGGUGACUGUACCUCCAUCGUUUACGGAAGUAACACCGUUUACACGUGGCGGGAAACAAACCUCCGUUGCCUCCGCGUCGCGUCCUCUCUGUCAUCACUUGGGAUCGGAAAGUCCGACGUCGUCUCCGUCCUUUCUCCCAAUACUCCGGCGAUGUACGAGCUCCAGUUCGCUGUUCCCAUGUCCGGCGCAAUACUCAACAACAUCAACACACGCCUCGACGUACGCACCGUCUCUGUUCUUCUCACACACUCUGAAUCUAAGCUUCUUUUCGUCGACAUCUUCUUCUGUAGUCUAGCCAUAGAAGCUAUCGCGAUGAUGACAACUGAUCCGCCCGUUCUCGUCUUCGUCGCAGAUAAAGAAGAGGAAGGAGGAGGAGGAGAUGCUGACUUGGCCGAUUGCAACAAAUUCAGUUACACUUACGAUGACCUGAUCCAGAGAGGUGAUCCGAAUUUCAAAUGGAUCCGACCCGAAAGCGAAUGGGAUCCAGUUGUGCUUAAUUACACUUCUGGUACAACUUCGGCUCCUAAAGGAGUGUUACACUGCCACAGGGGCAUUUACGUUAUGUCAGUUGACUCACAAAUCGAUUGGACCGUACCGAAAAAUCCGGUUUACUUAUGGAUUGUACCGAUAUUUCACGCUAACGGUUGGACCUAUCCAUGGGGAAUCGCCGCCGUCGGAGGAACAAACGUCUGUUUGCGCAAGGUUAACGUGCCGUUAGUCUAUCGUUUGAUUCGUGAUCACGGCGUCACACACAUGUGUGGAGCUCCGGUAGUGCUCAACAUGUUAUCCUCGACUCAGGACUCGCAGCCUCUUAACCGUCCCGUCAACUUCUUAACCGCCGGUUCUCCGCCUCCAGCCGCCGUGAUCCUCCGAGCAGAAUCAAUCGGGUUUGUGAUCAGUCACGGUUACGGACUAACGGAAACGGCUGGUGUGGUCGUCUCCUGCGCGUGGAAGCCGCAGUGGAAUCGUUUACCGGCGAGUGAUCGUGCCAUGUUGAAGACACGGCAAGGAGUGAGAACCAUCGGAGGGUUUACUGAAAUCGACGUGGUGGAUCCUGACUCAGGUCGGAGCGUUGAGAGGGAUGGAGAAACCGUCGGAGAAAUAGUGAUGAGAGGAAGCUCGAUCAUGCUUGGUUACUUAAAAGAUCGGAUCGGAACAGAGAAAGCUCUCAAGAACGGGUGGUUAUACACCGGAGACGUUGGUGUGAUUCAUUCGGAUGGUUAUCUAGAGAUUAAGGAUAGGUCAAAAGAUAUAAUCAUAACGGGUGGAGAGAAUGUGAAUACCGUUGAGGUUGAAACGGUUUUGUAUACGAAUCCGGCGGUGAAUGAAGUGGCGGUGGUGGCGAGACCUGAUGAGUUUUGGGGAGAGACGCCGUGUGCGUUUGUGAGUUUGAAAAGUAGGUUGAGUUCGAAACCUACCGAGGAGGAGUUGAUAGAGUAUUGUAGGAAAAUGAUGCCUAGGUUUAUGGUUCCUAAAACUGUCUUGUUUAUGAAUGAGUUGCCUAAGACUUCGACUGGAAAAUUUUCGAAGUUUUUGCUUAAGGAGAUUGCUAAGAACAUUGGUUGAUGAGACCAUUUCUUUAAACAUCUUCCACCGUUCCACAAAAUGUACAAUGGUCAGUGGAUUUGUAAUUCCUCUGAUCGAUCGUACGUAACUCAGAUCGUGAUUCAAUAGAUGGGAUGUGUACCAAUAUGUAACAAAAGGGUUUGAAUAUAGUAUUGGGAUUUGUUUGUU